AUGUCUUCUUAUGUUCUUCUCGCUAAUUUUGGAGCAGGCCGUUGCUCAAACACCGCUGAAGUGCGUCUUUUGAGGUUCUGGGAAGCUCGCAACGUCAGGAAAGAUGGAGAGCUUAUGAGCCUUGACAUGCUUCUCCUCGAUGAACAGUCUCCGCUGAUACACGGGAGCAUCAACUCAAGCCGCGUUGACACUUUCCGGAGGUGGCUCAGUGAAGGCUCCGUUUACUCUCUCAGUGGUUUCGACGUCGCACGGGCUAACCCAAAAUUCCGACUCUCUGACUCUCCGGUGUCCAUACGCUUCAAUGAUGGAACUUUUUUUGAAACAAAAACUGACUCGGACAAGGACAUUCCGACUGAGUUAUUCAGGUUUCGCAGCCAUGAACAGCUUCUGACAUUGGCAAACACUAAUAGAGAACUCCUAGAUAUCGUUGGUGAAGUAAGUUCCGUUAGGAGCACGAUCACUGACGGUCUACGCGGUCCUCAUCAUGUAAUGGUGACUCUGUGUUUGGAAGGGGAUGUCAAUGUUUGUGUCAGUAUGUUUGAUGAUCGUGCUGUAACUUUUCAAACUAAGUUUGACGAGCACAUCUCUGAGCCAAAGGUUAUACUCUUUACAAGCAUCAAUCCCAAAGUUGUUGGAGGGAAGCUUUUUCUCAACGCUACGUCUGGUACCCACUUUUAUUUCGACUGUGAAACAUCAGCUGGAAAAGAGCAUUAUGAAAGGCUGGUUGGUGAUGGAGCCAAUGCGAGCUCUUCUAAAUCAGAAGUGGUCUCUGCUCAGAAAAUCGAGCCCUUGACCGUUGCUGAACUGAACCAAUAUGUCCUUGCCGCUGACCCACAGAAUAUUGAGUUUCUGUGCAAGGCCGAGGUAACCAAUCUUCAGUCGGAGAAGGGAUGGUGCUAUAUUGGAUGCUCCAAAUGCGCAAAGAAGCUUCAGCCGGAUGAAAUAUCUUUCACUUGUCUCUCAUGUGAUAGGAAAAACGCUACGGGUGUAUUAAGGUCUAGCUUCUUGACUGAUCUUAUUCAACUGUUUCAGAGAAGUUGUCUCCUUGCAUCAAGAGCAUUGUUCGGGAUGAUGUUAAACGCCGUGUUCACCUGUCAACAGAAAAUCUCCCGGAAAAAGACCAAGAGCUCCGGGGAUCGGGGAGGUAAGGCCUUGGAUGUGUUUCUCGAGGACACGGAGAAUGUGAAGGGGGCUGAAAGAGACGUUGGUGGAGAUGGUGGCCUUGUCUGGAACGACACGGUCGGUGGCGGUCACAUGUAUUAA